AUGUCUGCAGAAAUUGAUGGAAAUCCAUCUUUUGACAACAAGUCAGUAAAAAAUAAAAAAUUAAAAAAGCGGAAAAGAAAAGAUGAAGACAAAAAUCCAGAGUCCGACGCGGCUAGCGCAACAAUUGAGCGUUUAAAGAAAUCAGCUAGUCUUUCUCAAGCAGCUCAACAGAAAAUUAAGGAAAAGAGUGAAAAUGAGCAGGAAGAAGAUAUAGAAAUGCAAGACAUAGAACAAAAUAUGCCGUUACACGAUCUAACACCAAUUCCUCAGCCUGAUAUUGAUGAACAUUUAGAAGAAAAGUCUCAUAUCGUUCCCUCUGUCGUUUCCUCGCUUCCAAGAUGGUUGUCGCAGCCUAUUUUGGUUGACCCUACUGCAACUGUUGAAUUUGCUUCCCUUAAUAUAGCUAGUAAGCUUGUUGAAAAACUUCAUAAUCAAAACAUUGUACAUGGGUUUGCCGUACAGUCUUCAGCUCUUCCAUUGUUAUUACAGGAAGGAAGAGAUGGCCCUAGUUAUUCUUAUGGAGGUGAUCUUUGUGUCAGUGCUGCUACUGGUAGUGGUAAGACUCUUGCAUAUGUUCUCCCCAUCGUUCAGUGUCUCAGUAGACGGGUUGUUCCUCAUUUGCGGUGCGUUGUUAUUGUACCCACUCGUGAGUUAACCAUUCAGGUUACUCGUACGUUCGAAAUCUUUGGUUCCUGUAUGGGUCUUGGAGUUUGUGGAUGGACUGGACAAAAGAAUUUACAGCAAGAGCAGUACCAAUUGCUUGGGGGUAUAGAUGGAAACGGAAGUACAGUGGAUAUUUUAGUGACAACUCCAGGACGAUUGGUUGAUCAUAUUCAAAACGACAAUAACUUUAGUUUACAGCAUCUACGUUAUCUAGUUAUUGAUGAAGCGGAUCGACUCUUGGAUCAAAGUUUUCAGAGUUGGGCAGAUGUUGUUAUGACAGAAAUCGAUCAUCCAAAGAAUGUGCUGAUGAUGGAUAACGAGCCUUCACAUCAAAAACAAAUCGUAGCACCAUUUUUCCUCCCUUCAUUACCUACUGCUUUACCUCAUCAUUUGGAUUCUCCUCUGCAAAAACUUGUUUUUUCUGCAACGUUGACGCGCGAUCCUUCUAAAGUUGCGACCCUUCGUCUGCGAGAUCCACGCUUACUACUUGUGCAAAGCGAAGGUGUAGAAUUGGACGACGGGGAAGAAAUUGAAGGAGAUGCAAUUAUAUUUUCUGUUCCUCCUACCUUACAGGAGUACCGUGUCUCGGUCAGUGCGGAGAAGCCCAUUCUUUUGCAUCAACUUAUCCAUUCUAAUAAUCUAAGUAAUGUUCUUUGUUUCGUUAAAUCCAAUGAAGGCGCUGCUCGUUUACACCGCUUACUUGAAAUAAUUAAUGGUAUUGAAGGCAAAAACUACCCAUGUGGUUUGGUUUCCGGUAAUCUUUCUCGUGAUGAACGAAAAAAGAUGCUCAAUGGGUUUGCUUCUGGUGAACUAAAACUUUUGGUGUGUUCAGACUUGAUGGCUCGUGGUAUAGAUGUUGCCAACACAGAGCAUGUAAUAAAUUACGAUCCCCCAUCUAGUCUUCGUCGGUAUGUCCACAGAAUUGGUCGUACUGCUCGUGCCGGAAGAAACGGUUGUGCUUGGACUCUUGUGCAAGACCACGAAGGUCAUCACUUUUCAAAACUAGUCAAGCACUUAGGAAGAACACUUCCUCUUCAACGUCUACGUCUUCAUUUGAAAGAUUUGCCUGAGGAGAAUGUUGAGUUGUAUGACAAUGCUUUAGAAACGCUUCGCAGAGAAGUGUACGAGUCACGGAAAAGCUCAAAAUAG